AUGGGGUUCAACAUCACACCUGCUUCUGUGAAGGAUGGGGUUGAAGCUGGCGAACAAGCUGUGGCUCCACCCGUCAGGAAGACUCGAUCCUUCAAAUGUCUCCUGGCCGCCGCCCUCAACCUCCUCAUCAUCCUCAUUGUCGGAGGGGCCAUGCUGGCCUGGUACCUCCUGGAGUACCGGGUUUGGUUUGAGGAGCCUCGUGUCCAGCAGCAGUACGCAGCCUACAUGUCCAUCCUCAACAGGAACUUCACUGCUGAUCUAUCCUCUCCCAGCAGCCCUGCGUUCUGGAACGAGGCCGUGGGAGUAAAGACCAUGGUAGCGAAGAUAAUGACAGGCUCAAGUCUUUCUCGAUACUUCAUCGACGCCAGUGUCUUUGCCUUUGCAAAUGGGAGUGUUGUGGCUCACGUCUGGAUAGUGAUGUCGGUGCCAAGCAGCCAAGUUGGGUGGCUAACGCAGACGAAGGUCGCUACGAGCCUGGUGAAGGGCCUGAGGGAGGCUGGAGGGUCGGGGGAGGAGGGACAGGAGGUCAGCGUCGAUGGAUACCUCCUCCACCUCCCUUCACUGUCGGUCAGCGACUGUUCCUACCACCAGAAGGUGUUGUCCGGUGGCCUUGUGGCUCUCAGUGGCCCCGACACACAGCGUUCCUCCUGCCGGUGGCACCUCCAGGCGGAACCUGGCUCCCAGCUGGAGCUUCGCAUGGUAAGACUGCUGCCACAGUGCCGGGACCGGCUGUCGGUGUUCGAUUCCCUCACCCCCACCGAUACUCGCCUCAUCGCAUCUGUUGAUGGCUGCAGUCGACUGGAGAGUGUGCUCAGAAUCCUUUCUUCAGGGGAGUGGAUGACUGUGGUUUGGACACAGGAACUUUACAACAACAUGGACUCCUUCUCUUGGUCCGCACAGGCCCGGGACCGCCAAGAGUGUAACUCCACCAUAGAGCUGUGGGCAGUGUCAGGGUACCAGGGGACACUGAGGACCCCCUUCUACCCAAGCUACUACCCUCCAGACACCAACUGCACCUGGGUCUUUAUUGUGCCCAGUUCAUGGAUGGGUCUGUCCCUGGAGUUCGACGGCUACAAGUUGAACAGAGCUGGCGACACUGAGGUCUGCACCCAGGGUCAGUGGAUCAUCCAGAACCGCAGACUGUGCGGGACCAGGAGUCCACAGCCGUACAUUGAACGACUGUCCCCGCUGUCCAGGGUGGUGACCGUCCUCCUGACGUCCCAGGUGUCCCUCACAGGGCCGGGCCUUCAGCUGCACUACAGCGUCUUCAACCUAUCAGAUCCUUGCCCAGGCAGGUUUCUGUGCACCGUUACUGGCCUGUGUGUUCCUGCCUGUGAUGGAAUCAAGGACUGUCCCAAUGGACUCGAUGAGAGGAACUGUGUGUGUGUGGCUCAGUACCAGUGUCCAGAGGAUGACAGUAGAUGUGUGGACUACACCAAGUUGUGUGACCAACAGCCGGACUGCCCUGGAGCCUCAGAUGAGAUGAACUGCACUCAAGGUGUACAGUGCACAGAUGUGACGUAUGUGUGUGCUGAUGGAACGUGUCUGAAGAAGCCAAACCCAGAGUGUAAUUCUGUUGCCGACUGCCCAGACGCCUCGGAUGAAAAACAGUGUGACUGCGGCCUGAGGAAGGCCUCCAGUCGUAUUGUCGGGGGCACAAACGCCUCGGAGGGGGAGUGGCCAUGGCAGGCCAGCCUUCAGUUGGGGGGGGCCCACAUCUGCGGGGGGGCGCUCAUCUCCAACCAGUGGGUGGUGUCCGCCGCCCACUGUUUCUAUGACGACCGGCACAGCUCCGCCUCCUUGUGGAGAGUCCACCUGGGGAAACUCCUCCUCAGUCCCAGCAGCCCCACAGAGGAGGUGGCCCGAGUCCUGGAGAUCCAUCUCCACAAAGACUACGACAACAGAACCCACGACUACGACCUGGUCCUCCUGAAGCUGGACCGCCCCCCCUCCCCUCCGCAGGCUGGACCGGCUCUUCCCGUCUGCCUGCCCCCGCCGACCCACCCGCUGGAACCGGGCCUGCUCUGCUGGGUCACCGGCUGGGGGGCUCUCAGCGAGGGGGGCAAAGCCAGUAAUGCGCUUCAGAAGGUGGACGUUCGUCUGGUCAGUGAGGAAGACUGCGUCCUCUCCUACGGCAACAUUGUAACUCCCAGAAUGCUUUGCGCUGGUUAUAGCGCUGGAGAGAAAGACGCCUGUCAGGGGGACUCCGGGGGUCCCUUGGUUUGUCAGGGGCCGUCCGGUCGCUGGUUACUGGUCGGGGUGGUGAGCUGGGGCAAAGGCUGCGCGCGUCCAGGCUACUAUGGCGUCUACACUCGAAUCACCAGGCUCACUGACUGGAUCAAGAAGGUCAUCGCCCCCCCAGUGAGUCCCUGAGGAUCCAUGUCAUCAUCAUCAGGACAAGUGAUGAUGUAAAUGAUGUUUAAGCUUUUCAUCUGUACAGUAAUAAUCAUGCCAAAAUAUAAAACAUGUAAUGAAAUGUGUAAUAUGAUAAUACAUAUUUAAAUAAAAUAAUAGAGCUAGAAAUCUUGUUCAGAAAUCACUAAGAAUUAUCUGUCUCUCUCUCUCUCUCUCUCUCAAUCUAUCUAUCUAUCUAUCUAUCUAUCUAUCUAUCUAUCUAUCUGUCUAUCUGUCUCUCUCUCUCUCAAUCUAUCAAUCUAUCUAUCUAUCUAUCUAUCUAUCUAUCUAUCUAUCUAUCUCUUCUCCUUCUCUCUGGAAAAGAGCCAAAAUCCACAGGAGAUAUUUGGAAGAUCAUAAUAUUUUCCAGUGUAAUUAUUAUUUUAUUAGUCUGUAAACCAUAACGGCAAUCAUGCCCUGUGAAGCGUAUCAACAGUUCUCAAACUGGCCCCCGGGGGCCACAGAGACCAUCCAUCAUCCCAGUUGUCCACCCAGUAAUUGUUCAAUGUUUAAAAAAUGACCUUCAUUCUUCAGUUGGGAGGGAAAGUGAUAUGAUCAGCAAUGUUUCGACUUUUGACCUGAUUGUGAAAGAGAAAUAACUCAGAUUAUGAUGAUAACAUGAUUUGCUUGUAGAAUAUUCCAUUUAUAUUAAUGUUAACAUGUUACAGUCUGAUUGUAACUUGCUGAAAAAUGCUGGUAAAACUCAAUAGGGACGUUAAGACAUAUACAUUUUCUUUUCACGCGUCAAAGUGAAAUUCCACAAAAUGGUGAAACUGGUUUCUCUGUUGCAAAACUUUGCUUUGUUUUGGGGGGAGGGGCACAAUAAUGCUCCAGAUAUAUCUAUAGGUUUUUCACUUAUUACAGGAAUUCAUUUAUUGAGGUCAAGGUCAUAACAAGUGUCAGGUUGGAAUACCAAACCAUCAAAGAUUUGAAUCCUUUCAAAACCAGUCCAGAACCUGCUCCACUUGAAUGUCACAGUAUCUGCACCUGAAUGACAAAGGUUGAGUUUCCUCAUUGACAACCCAGGUGGGACUUGAACCCACAAUCCCCAGCUUCGGAGGCUGAUGCCUUAUCCAUUAGGCCACUGGGUUGAUAGUCUGCAGUGAUGGUUAGUGACUAAUGACACCAGCAGCCACAGAGAUGCACCAACAUGAUUCUCAUCUGAGGUUCAUCGUCGAUUGUUCUUCUUUUAGAGAAAAAACUAAAAUCACACACGUAUCCUCAA